AUGUCUCUUACCCAGCAGAUCGACCCGGACAAUGUCCCCAACUACGAGGACAUGGAGAAGCAAUUCGCCGUGAAAGCAGUCCAGCAUAUGACUGUCUACUGGUCCAUCCUUGAGAAAUUGCCAGGCUCGAGGCUUCGUCUGACGCGACUUGACGACCAGAUCUUCCAGCAUUUUAAGCGCGAGUUUCCGGACUUUGACCCCGCCCAAGAACUCAACGAAGAUGCAAUGAAAAGUAAGGAAGGCAAGGAGAGGUGGCGCAAAUUCUCCAUGGCCUACGAAAAGGGUGACAACAAAAUCGAAGACUACAACUUCGGAACCAUGCUGAGGAAGAGUCCUAAAACUGAGUAUGGGGAGAAGGAGACCAUCUUUGCUAUUCGAAUGCAGUUCUAUGCUAUUGAAAUCGCUCGGAACCGUGCCGGUCUGAACGAUUGGAUCUAUGAAAAUGCACAAAAGGAGCAGAAAAAAUCAUGA